CGUUAACCACAGAGAAGAACAACUCGUUUGUUGGUGAAUUUUGUUGUCAACCUAGGUUGUAACAUUGAUAUAAAUUUGAAAAACCUACAGCAAGGCUACAGAAACAACGUUUCAAGGAUACUAUUGCAUCGUUUUACAACGUUUGUUAAAAUAUUGUUGGACACUGGGCUUCAUAAAUUCCUGUAGCGAACUCACGUUGUCCAGACCGCUGGCUAGCUAGUAAGCUAGCUAAUUUACUAAGCUAAAAUUGCUAGCUCAAGUACAUCGUUUGGGUCUGGGAGGAUGGCAGAGGAGGAAGACGAAGCUGGUUUUGACGAGGAUUUGGAUGAAGGGGCUGGUGGAACCGAUGGUAGUCACGGCAAGAGGAAAAGGCUGUUCUCCAAAGAGCUUCGGUGUAUGAUGUAUGGUUUUGGAGACGACCAGAAUCCAUACACUGAGUCAGUAGACAUCCUGGAGGACCUUGUGAUCGAAUUCGUUACGGAGAUGACACACAAAGCCAUGUCCAUCGGUCGUCAGGGCCGAGUCCAGGUGGAGGAUAUUGUUUUCCUUAUCCGGAAAGAUCCAAGGAAAUUUGCCAGAGUGAAAGACCUCCUGACGAUGAACGAGGAACUAAAGAGAGCCCGCAAGGCCUUUGAUGAGGCAAACUAUGGCUCGUAGGAUCAUUCAUAGUUGACGGCUAAGAUUUUUUAAAAACUUUUUCUUUCACGUUCUCCAAAUAAUUCACUGCUUGUUUUGUCAAUAACGAAAUGUAAUAUUCGCUAUAACUCAAUUUAUUAACUUCAGAUAUGUUGGUGCCCAAGGCAUUAUUCUCAUGUCUGUUGCUUAUUUAUGCACACAAAAAAAUCAUAAU